AUGAAACGGAAAACCAAAUCUGGAAAUGUAUAUACAUCAAUCAUGCUUGAAAAUGCAAUUUAUAAACUUCCAAAAUGUAGUAAAAACACAUUUUUUUCACUACUUACCAUUCUGUUGUUGAUGUCUGUUUUAAUAUAUCUAUAUAUGAGUGACAGUGAAAACAUAUUAGAAAAUAGUAAUAUUUCAAGGAAAUAUCUUAAACAAAAGAUUAAUAUUGGUUCUAAUCAUGGAGUUGAUAAUUACUGUACAGUAACUUCGGACAAAUAUAAAUUUGAUUGUUUUCCGAGAGGAAAAGCUGAUAAGGAAAGCUGUGAAAAAAGAAAUUGCUGUUGGUCACCUACUACUCAAAAUUCUCAAAUACCGUGGUGUUAUUAUUCUUCAAAUUAUAGUAAUUACAAAGUUAUUAAUGUGACUGAAUCCAGAAAUGAAAUAACAGCAUUUUUUAACAUAACGACAAACACCAUUUAUAAAAAUGACAUCAAAGUAUUGUGCAUGGAUAUUUCAUUUCAAACGGCACAACGAUUACAUGUUAAGAUUUAUGAUCCAGAGAAUAAACGUUAUGAGCCACCAUACCCUGAAAUACCAAUACUUAAAUUAAAUAAUACAAAUGAACCAUUAGUUUCAGACUAUAUUGUAAAGUUAUCUGAUGAUAAAGUUGGAUUUGCAGUUCUAAGGAAAAUUGAUAAUUUAACCAUAUUUGACAGUCGAAAUAUUGGAGGUUUCAUUUAUUCUGAUCAAUUUAUUCAACUUUCAGCAUUAUUACCGACCAAAUAUAUAUAUGGGUUAGGUGAACAUAGAUCUAGCCUUAUGCUUGAUAUGAAUUGGAAAACCUAUACUUUUUUCAACCAUGAUAGUCCUCCAACAAAUGAUAUGAAUGGAUAUGGUUCACAUCCGUUUUACUUAAUGAUUGAAAAAUCAGGAAAAAGCCAUGGAGUUUUUUUAUUGAACAGCAAUGCUAUGGAUAUUGUGUUGCAACCGACACCAGCAAUCACUUACCGAACAAUUGGUGGUAUAUUAGAUUUUUAUUAUUUCAUGGGACCAACACCUUCUGAUGUUAUAUCUCAAUAUACAGAUACAAUUGGUACAUCAUUUUUACCAUCUUACUGGGCAUUAGGAUUUCAUUUAUGUCGAUUUGGACAAACGUUAAAAGAACUUAUUAACGUUCAUAAUAGAACUGUUAGUGCAGGAAUUCCUUGGGAUACACAUUGGAAUGACAUUGAUUAUAUGAAAAAUAGAAAUGAUUUCACUUUAAGUGAUAAUUUUACUGAUCUUCCUAAAUAUGUGAAUUAUUUGCAUGAGGUUGGAAUGCAUCAUAUAAUUAUAUUGGAUCCUGGAGUAUCUUCUCGUGAACCAAAAGGAUCAUAUCCACCUUAUGAUGAUGGUUUAAAAAAUGGGCUUUUCAUUAAAAAUUCUUCUGGUCUCCCACUUGAAGGCCAAGUGUGGAACCUUGAUGGAGGUACUGUAUUCCCAGAUUUCACCAAUCCAAAGUCAAUCGAUUAUUGGAUAAAUCAAAUAUCCAACUAUCAUAAUAUUCUUCCGUUUGAUGGUUUAUGGAUUGACAUGAAUGAACCAUCAAAUUUUGUCAAUGGUGAUUGGGAAGGUUGCAAAUUUACCAAUUCUAGUAGUUGGGAAAAUCCACAGUAUACACCUAGUAUUGCUGGAGGAAAAUUAAACUAUAAAACUAUUUGCAUGUCAGCAAAUCAGCACGCUGGACUUCAUUAUGAUUUACAUAAUCUUUAUGGAUUUUCAGAAGCAAUAACAACUCAAUUUGCAUUAUCAGUUGUUAAAAAUUCAAGACCAUUAGUUAUUUCAAGAUCAAGUUUUGCUGGCUUAGGUCACUUUGCCGGUCAUUGGACUGGAGAUGUAUUUUCUACUUGGGAUGAUAUGAAACAAUCUAUUACUGAUAUUGUACUUUUCAACAUGUUUGGUGUUCCACUAGUUGGAGCUGAUAUAUGCGGUUUUAAUGAUAAUACUACAGUUGAACUUUGUUCACGUUGGAGUCAAUUAGGUGCAUUUUAUCCAUUCUCAAGAAAUCAUAAUUCUGAUGAAAAUUUUGAUCAAGAUCCUGUGGCUUUAGGACCAUUGGUUACAGAAUCAGCUAAAAAAGCACUAUUAAUUCGAUAUUCAUUACUUCCAUAUUUGUAUUCUCUAUUUUGGAGAGCACAUAUUUAUGGCGAAACAGUUGCACGACCACUCUUUUUUGAAUAUCCACAUGAUAACUGUACUUACAACAUUGAUACUCAAUUCCUAUGGGGUUCUGCUCUACUGAUUUCGCCGGUUUUAAAAGAGAAUCAAGUGGUUAUAGACAUAUAUUUACCAAAUGAUAUAUGGUGUGAUUAUUAUACUAAAAAAUGUACUCAAAGUAAUGGAUCCAUUUUCACUGUUGAAGCCCCUAAUGAUACUAUUCCACUUAAGAUACGUGGUGGCUAUAUUUUACCAACUCAAGAUCCAGCUACUACGACUACAUCUAGCCGUAAAAAUACAUUUGGACUAUUAAUUACGCCAAACAAAUUUAAAGAAGCAUUUGGCUACUUGUUUUGGGACGACGGUGACUCUUUAAAUGUAUGGGAAAAUGGGUUGUAUAAUGAAAUCCAUUUCAAACUAAACAACACAAUAUUGUUAAAUGAGGUUAUCACCAAUAAUUAUUCAGAUGAAAAGACUAUUUUACAAAAUAUUACUAUUUUUGGUAUUCAUAAUGAACCAAAAAAUAUUCAAGUUAAUGGAGCCACAUAUAGUAAUUUUUAUUAUAAUACGACUGAAGAAGUCCUUUACUUCUUAUCAUUAAACUUGGACUUGAAUAUAGUUUUCAAUAUAACAUGGACUUAA